AUUUUGAACGAGCGAAAUUGGUCGGGAGAGAGGCUUUCGCCCAAAAAACAAAUCGCGAGUAUCUUCGGUCGGGCACAGACUCACGGAACAGGCGGUAUGAAUGGCUACCUCUGCCAGAUGGAAGCUUAACAGCGCCGUGCACGAUCUCGAUGUCACCAAGCGGACCGUGGAAAACGCGGAGAGUCGUGCGCGCCUUCAGAUAAAGACUAGCACUUCGAAACUGUCCCGUGGAAAUGACCGACAGUAUGCACAAGCCCUACAUCACCAAGCGGACGAGCUGUGCCAACGUGGCGAGUACGAGUCGGCAUUGGUGUUAUAUCAUCGAGCAUCUAUUGUGUGUCCGCACGACAGCAGCCACAGUGUGGUAGCGCGACGAAUCGCGGCAACGAUAAGCUCGUGGAAUAAUUCGGAAAAAAGCUCGGCAAGGGGUAAUGCAAUUUCGAGGGUGGCUUCGAGUCACGAGAGUGCGGCAUUCAAAAGACGUGAUGUUACGAAAUCUUUUGAUAAUUUAUCGAUCCCGAUUAUCCCCGAUGUUCUCAAAUAUCUCGAUAGUCGCAAGAAGACUUCCCACAAAAUUUCUCCCGCGUUAGCACCGUUAACUUCGAAACUAAUUCGACGGAGGACGUUGUUGAAGCACAUCAAUAGUCGCGCCAGUGUCAUGCUGAAGAAUUUGAAAGUUAAUUUCAACGCCGGCAAAAUGAAGACUUCUCUGAGACUCGCUGAAGAUCUACUAACAUUAUCUUCCGGCUUGGAGGAUUCUCGUCGAUAUCGAAUACCGGCGUACCAACACUUAUCUCUGAUCCACAUGGCCUUGGGAAGACAUGAUCGAGCGUGCAGCAACGUCGCGAUGAUGGUGCGACUGUCGAAGGAAACUAACGACGUCGUCCUCCUGUCGCAUGCUCUUGUGACUCUGGGCAAGGUGCAUCUCAGUUUCGGCCAUCUGGAAGCCGCCGCACGUGCCUUAGAAAAUCUGUCGAUCCACGUCGACCAUCCGGUGCCGCGAGCCUGGGUGCACCACGAGAUUGGACGCUGCCAUUUGGAGACGGGGAAGUACGUCAAGGCGUUGGGCAAGGCGGCGCAGUGUCGGGACUGCGCGGAGGAGGCGAACUCGAAGAAGUGGACCUUCCACGCCGACCUGCUGCGGGCGCAGUGCCUGGUGAUGCUGGGUCGUUUUGCCGGUGAUGACUCUAUUUCUCAAACUGUCGUUCCAGAGGCCCUCGAGGAGCUGCGAGUCGCCGCGAAGAUCAGCAAGGAGGAGGGCGACACCCCAACGCUGUCUUACAUUCGAGAUCUAAUCGAACAGCUGAAUCGUGCUCUGCGCAAAGUCACGUUCGGCGAGGAUCGAUGCUCCAAAGGUAUUCUUCGAAGGUUAUCGCCGCGAUGCGAAGAGCCUGGACUAUCCGAGGGAGACGAGGUGAUAACAAGUUCGGGAAUUAGGCGAACGACGCGCACCAAGGACAACGACAUUUUAACGCCGUCAUUCUACUCCGACUGUCUAGAGGACGGGAGCCUCGAUCGUCGCGAGAUAGCGUCAAAUUCAAGUUCGCUGGGCAGUGCCGCGUCCUGCAGAAGUAAAAGGACUAACUUGACGUAUGUCAUCGACUCAAAUACGGACGUUUCAUACAGCAGCAAGCUCGACGGUAUGAGGAUAUGUGACGACGAACUUUUGUCACGCGACUCGCACAUGACGUUCCAAACGUGUUACAAGGAGUCCAGGCCCUUCAUCGACGAAGACAAAGGAUCGGUCUCUUUAAAACAUCCAAUCGCGACGUGCUCCAGUAAUGUCGAAAUAAGCGGCGGGCAAGCUGAAUGCGAGGCAUUCAGGAUUUCGAGAUCCUGCGAGGACGGACGACGUAACUUUGACACCGUUAUUGGCAAAAUGCACCGCGACACCAUUGCUGGAACAUCGUGCGGCCAUUUGUCACUCGAUGAGAUAGAAAAACAGAACGACGACGAGGAAUCCUUCGUUCGCGAAGCAUCCUCCAGUUUCGAAAUAUCAACCUAA